AUGUGUCAAAGUCAAUAGAAAAUGAAAACUGAAGUUAUUGCACAAAUUGAAGUGAUACCUUGCAAGAUUUGCGGUGAUAAGUCCUCUGGAAUCCAUUAUGGAGUCAUCACUUGUGAAGGUUGUAAGGGGUUCUUUAGGAGGAGUCAACAGAACAAUGCCGCUUACUCCUGUCCUCGACAAAGAAAUUGUUUAAUCGAUCGGACUAAUCGUAAUCGCUGCCAGCACUGUCGCCUGCAGAAGUGUCUCGCUCUUGGAAUGUCUCGUGAUGCUGUAAAAUUUGGGAGAAUGUCCAAAAAACAGCGUGACAGUCUGUACGCCGAGGUCCAGAAGCACCAACAGAGACUGCAGGAGCAGCGGCAGCUACAGAGUGGCGAGGCGGAGGCUCUCGCUCGCGUCUACACCAACAGCAUCAGUAAUGGCUUGAGUGACCUGAAUAACGAAAUCGGGGGCACUUACUCAAACGGACAUGUGAUCGAUCUGCCAAAAGUACAGUCCGAUGGAGCGAAUGGAUAUUACAGUGUGGACUCAGCCCAGCCGUCACCGGAUCAGUCUGGCAUAGAUAUGACUGGGAUCAAGCAGAUCAAGCAAGAGCCUAUUUAUGAACUCACACCUGUACCAAACCUGUUUACAUAUAGCUCUAUCACAAACGGUCAGCUGGCUCCUGGAGUAACAAUGACUGAAAUAGAUCGUAUUGCGCAGAAUAUUAUAAAGUCCCACUUGGAGACGUGCCAGUACACCAUGGAGGAACUUCAGCAGCUGGCAUGGCAGACGCAUACAUAUGAAGAAAUUAAAAUUUACCAAAACAAGGCGAGAGAAGUCAUAUGGCAGCAGUGUGCGAUCCAGAUCACACAUGCGAUUCAGUAUGUAGUUGAAUUUGCCAAACGCAUCACGGGGUUCAUGGACUUGUGUCAGAAUGAUCAAAUUCUCCUUCUCAAAUCAGGUUGUUUGGAGGUGGUCUUGGUCAGAAUGUGCCGUGCCUUUAACCCACUGAAUAACACAGUGCUUUUUGAAGGAAAAUAUGGAGGAAUGCAAACAUUUAAAGCACUCGGUUGUGAUGACCUUGUGAGCGCCGCCUUUGACUUCGCAAAGAGUUUGUGUGCGCUGCAGCUGACCGAAGAGGAGAUCGCUUUAUUUUCAGCAGCUGUACUAAUUUCUCCAGAUCGACCAUGGUUGAUGGAACCAAGAAAGGUUCAGAAGCUACAGGAAAAGGUUUAUUUUGCACUACAGCAUGUGAUUCAGAAAAACCACCUGGACGACGACGCAUUAGCAAAGCUGAUCUCCAGGUUACCAACAUUAACUGCACUUUGCAACCUGCACACUCACAAACUGCAGGCGUUCAAACUCUUGCACCCGGAGACAGCCAACAGUCUGUUCCCUCCGCUGUACAAGGAGCUCUUUAACCCGGACUCUUCCACUAUCCCCAAGUGA